AUGGUGGCAAGUGAUGAGGAUAUAACGCCAUUAAUGGAAAAAACAGUGGAUUGGAAGAGGAGAUUUAAGGAGGUAGUGGGUGUCAACGAGAAUCAUGAGUUUAUGGUUGAAGAAAUUAAAAUGUGUUUGAUCGUAUCAAGUGAGGUAGCGACCAUAGACUUUGAAUUAUCCACUCUCGCGCAACGACGAGCUCUGAAUUCAUCGACCAAUAAGGCAGUGACGACUCACUAUUUAGUUUAUGAUGUGGCACCAUUUAUGGAAGACCACCCUGGAGGUGAUGAAGUUCUGCUAGCAGAAACUGGGAAGGAUACAACUAGUGAUUUUGAGGAUGUUGGGCACAGUGAUGAUGCACAAGGGAUGAUUGACAAAUAUUACAUUGUUAGAAUAUGGGAUUCCAAUGUGAAUUCCAAUUUCAAUUCUAAUGUGAAUUCUUUGAAACAAUGUCCUAUCAUGUGGAAAACAAUGUUCGUGAGGAUCGUGCACUACACCAACAUAUUGAUUUUUGUGAAAGUCUUUGCAUUGAAACCAAGUUCAUAUCCAACAUAUUUGGAUCCUAGAGCUCUCAAUCAACUUUCAUCCACUACUCGUCAAAUGAAGAGAUAG